UCCCUCAAUUCACCAUCAAACAGACACCUCAUCUCUUUAAAAACGUAUAGAUUUGGAAGAACGAAGACACCUCUCAUAGGAUAAUAAAAAAGCAGGAAUUAUUCAUUCUCACUCCUCCUCGAGAUAAAAAUUCCCUUUCGUUUUCUCCCCAAAGAAAGAAAUUCCUGAAUCAUCCUAUAAUCAUCCUCUUCGUGUGGCAAGAGAAGUAGCAUCCGAUCGGAAAACCCACUUCGUCGUCACUGUCAAUUUUUUGAUCUAAAUUUGCAUCUCUUGUGGGUCGAUACCGAGGGGAAAAACUGGGCAAUUGUUGGCGGAUGAAGUUGGGUUUUGACGAAUUCUCGUUUCAACUCACAUGUAAUUUUGUUUCUGAAUAAUUACGAAUUGAUCUGCGAGGAUCAUCGUUUACAGUUAACGAUUCUCGUUUCUCCCAUCAUCUGGGGUUGCGAAUUUGGGGGAGAUUUUUUUGUUUCUGGAAAUUUUAUGAUCUGGGUCUGAGGAAUUUUUUUCUUUUGUUUCAAAAAUAUGUCUGAUCAUUGGUGGGGAUCGUCAUAAUUGUAAAACCUGUUCUGGGUCAUUUAGGAUGGAAGUUGAUCUUACUUAUUGUUUUAGUUUUUGGUCUCUGACUUUUGGUCCUUGUAAUGAGUUUGCGUGAAUAGGUGUUUCUCCUCUCCUCUGGCAAUUCUUUCCUUUUUGGGUUUCUUUUGGUGUUGGAAUAUCCAUUCAUGGACGAUUGGUAUUCUUCCUAACAAAGCUUUGCCUUUUUCUCUGACUCAAAUUUGAAAUCAUCAUCUUCUUCUUCUCUCUUUGAAACUUCUUCUGCUCUUUUAGAGCUUCUUGUUAUCCCUUCUGCUACUCUUUAAGUUGCUCAAGUUGUAGCGAUGGAGUGGCUCAUUGUUUUUAACUGAUAUAAUCUUGAAGAAAAGGGUAUCUGGGUUGGGGGCUGUGGCUCUUAAAUCAAUAAGCUUCAAAGCAUCCAUUAAUCCAUUAAACGUUUGCUUUUUCGUUUGUUUUCUCCUUUGUUGUAUAAGGGAUUUAUACAGGGCUGCUUUCUUUUCUUGUGUAGAUUUAAAAGUUGAAGUUUGUUGGACAAUCUGAUUUGUCUAGCAAUUUAGAAGCUUCUUCUGCCAAGUUGGGGCACUGCAAAGAUUUGGCAGUGCCCAUGGAUGCCACGACAAGCAAAACAGCAGCUAUACAGUUCCAUAGCAUUCCUGAUCAACCAGUUUCUGCUAUUGUCACCAGUCCAGCAUCAACAUUUCCACUACCGAAGCGACAUUGCUUUGGGGAAUCCGACCCGGGCGAAUUCCCCUUAGCUGCUAAUCCCUCCAUUGUCCUUCAUGUCCUGACAGCAUGUAACUUGGAUCCUCAAGACCUUGCUAAGUUAGAGGCGACGUGUUCAUUCUUUAGGCAGCCUGCAAACUUCGCCCCUGACUAUGAAUUAUCGAUUUCGGAACUUGCUGCUUUGGAUAUGUGCCAAAAGAGAGCCAUAUUCAAACCUAUGACAGCUGAACAGCAUCAAGCUUUGAAGCAAAGAUGUGGUGGUUCCUGGAAACUGGUAUUGAGAUUUUUGCUGGCUGGAGAAGCAUGUUGCAGAAGGGAGAAAUCCCUGGCAAUAGCAGGACCCGGUCACAGCAUUGCAGUCACCUCAAAAGGAGCUGUUUACUCCUUUGGGUCCAACAGCUCAGGACAGCUCGGACAUGGUACCAUUGAAGAGGAGUCCCGGCCUCGUCUAAUCAGAUCCCUACAAGGAAUUCGAAUAAUUCAGGCAGCAGCAGGGGCUGGGAGGACAAUGUUAAUCAGUGAUGCCGGGCAUGUUUAUGCAUUUGGCAAGGAUUCAUUUGGUGAAGCUGAGUAUGGAGGUCAAGGAGCUCAAUUCGUUAUUACACCAAAGUUGGUCGAAUCACUAAGGGAUAUAUUUGUAGUGCAAGCUGCAAUUGGAAACUUUUUUACUGCUGUACUAUCAAGAGAAGGUAGGGUGUACACAUUUUCUUGGGGAAGUGAUGGUAGACUCGGUCAUCAGACCGAACCAAACGACUUGGAACCACGGCCCCUGAUGGGAGCGUUAGAAAACACUCCAGUUGUACAAAUUGCUGCUGGAUAUUGCUACCUUCUUGCUCUAGCUUGUCAUCCAAAUGGCAUGUCAGUAUACUCUGUUGGGUGCGGACUGGGUGGGAAGCUCGGUCACGGUUCAAGGACGGAUGAGAAACACCCACGGCUCAUUGAACAGUUUCAGCUUUUGAAUCUUCAGCCAAUUGUGGUAGCUGCUGGUGCUUGGCAUGCAGCGGUUGUGGGGCGGGACGGCCGAGUUUGUACAUGGGGUUGGGGCCGGUAUGGGUGUCUGGGUCAUGGAAAUGAGGAAUGUGAAUCUUCACCUAAGGUGGUGGAAGCAUUAAGCAACGUUAAAGCAGUACAUGUUGCUACAGGAGAUUAUACUACAUUUGUAGUAUCAGAUGAUGGCGACGUGUACUCUUUCGGUUGCGGAGAAUCUGCUAGUCUGGGGCAUAAUAAUAACGUCGCCGAUGGGCAGGGGAAUCGGCACCCGCACGUUUUAAGCCCAGAACUUGUAAGGUCCCUGAAGCAAAUUAACGAGCGAGUAGUUCAGAUUAGCCUGACUAAUUCGAUUUACUGGAAUGCACACACCUUUGCGCUGACUGAGUCAGGGAAGUUGUAUGCAUUUGGUGCUGGAGACAAAGGGCAGCUCGGGGUUGAACUUCUGGCGAAUCAAACCGAAAGGGGAAAUCCAGAGCGAGUCGACAUUGAUCUAAAUUAACCAAAAGGAAAGAAGUCAGUAACUUUUCUCAGCAAACACAACUUCAUUGAUGUCCAAAGUAUGCUAAUGUUAUGGCAUUGCAUUUUGAUGCUUAGAAUUGCCUUAUGAAAUUAUUAAUUUGUAAAUAGGGAAAAAAAAAAGAACUCAAAAAAAUGUGAAGAAUGGUUCUGGUUGGUUGUUGAUAUUUGGAUGGGAAAUGGAUGGAUGGGCAUGCUUGUUCUUUGUAGGUUUUAA